UGAACGAAGAUGGUACUGAUGAUUUGAAAAAGUUUAGUAAUCAAUCUCAGAAAUUUAUCAAAAUGGCUUAUAUAUAUGGAGAUAAUAUAAUUGUUCAUCUAAAAAAAGAGUAUUUUGCGAAAUCUAAAAGAAUAACAAAUUGUUGUUUGCUAUUUGACAUGAAAAAUUUUGUUCAAAUUAAUAAUGGACAUUAUAAUUUUACUCUACUGUUAGCUAUCAUUGAUACUAAUCGACUUAGAGAGAAAUAUUUGCCAAUGCAAAGCCUUCAACAUAAUCUUUCUCCAAUAUAA